AUGACAGAUAUCUAUAUUGCUGGUGCGAUUGCAGCAUUUACAGUAGACGUCUUGGUCUACCCUCUUGACACCAUCAAGACUCGUAUGCAGAGUCAAGAUUUUAUCAAGACAUACUCAAACAGCUCAAAAAAGAACAUAUGGGCUGUACGGGGUCUUUAUCAAGGCAUUGGAAGUGUGGUACUGGCCACUCUACCAGCAGCUGGUUUAUUCUUCUCAACAUAUGAGAGCGCGAAACGAGUCAUCGGUAAUUCGACGCCGUUACCGCAGCCUUUGGUUCACUCAGCUGCCUCGGGAGUGGCAGAGAUGGCGUCUUGUCUAGUCCUCGCACCAGCAGAGGUCAUCAAGCAGAACGCUCAGAUGUUACAGAGCGAUAGCCGUGGAGCAGCACGACCUGGAUCGUCGACAUCACUUCAGGCAUUUCGCCAGCUAGCCGGUGAUGGUGUAUCAAGACGACUAUUUACAGGGUACACAGCACUCGUCGCACGUAAUUUGCCAUUUACAGCUCUUCAGUUUCCCAUAUUUGAGCACGUACGAUCCACUUACUGGAACUCCCGAGGUCCCGGAGAUUCGAAGCCUGGGCUGAUUGAAACGGGACUGGUGACUGGUCUAAGUGCCGGGAGUGCAGGCUCGGUAGCAGCAUUCAUAACGACACCCAGCGAUGUCGUCAAGACGAGAAUGAUGCUGAGUGCUUCAAACCAGAAUGACAGUUCGGCACAGGGCCAGAGUGAGGUUGCAGCCAAGAUGGAGGGGAAGCACCCAAAGAAGGGGGCGUGGACAGUGUCCAAGGAGGUUUACCAGGAGAGGGGAGUGCGGGGAUUCUUCCGGGGUGCGGCUCUGCGGUCAGGGUGGACGAUGAUAGGGAGUGGACUCUAUCUAGGAUCUUAUGAGAUGGCUAAAGUUUGGCUGAGAAGAGGAAAGCCAGAUGCGGAAGACGAUGGUGCGCUAUAA